AGUAAUUUCCGCUUUAAAUCUGACAACUUUGAGGUUGAAAGUUGGACGAAGUGCAGCUGCCGGACCUUCACGAUGACCCAGACAAGUUUCAGGGACUGUCAGGCGUGGAAAGCUGAGGGCCUGACUCUGUCCACCAGCAGCAACGAGGCUUGCAAACUGUAUGAUGCCAUUCUCACACAGUAUGUAAAAUGGAGAAAUGAUGAAACCUUGGGUGGAAUUGAAGGAAGCAUCUCCUCCAUGCAGACAGCUGACCCUGACUUUGUUAUGGGUCAUGUGAUCAGUACGGGGUUGGAGCUGGUAGCGACAACGAGCAGCACCCGGCUGAAUGAACGUCUGGCCAGCGCUGUGAGGCGAACGGUGGAGCUCGCCAGCAGCCAGGACAUCUCACCCCGAGAGAAGCUCCAUGUCAGAGCAAUGGAGCUCUUCUCACACGGAAAUUAUCCAAAAGCCUGUGAGGUGUGGGAAGAUAUUCUGGUUGACCAUCCCACGGAUAUGUUGGCUCUCAAAUUUUCCCAUGAUGCCUACUUCUACAUGGGAGCCCAAACGCCGAUGAGGGACUCUGUGGCCAGGGUGCUUCCCCACUGGAAACCUCACAUGCCUCUGUCUAGCUAUCUGAAGGGGCUGUAUUCCUUUGGCCUCCUUGAGACUCACUUCUACGACCAGGCUCUGAAAGUGGCAAUGGAGGGCCUCACUCUGACCCCAGACGACGCUUGGUCUGUCCACUCUGUAGCCCAUGUCCAUGAGAUGAGGGCGGAGGUGGACAAAGGCUUGGUGUUUAUGGAGAGCAGAGAAAAAGACUGGCAGGUAUCUGACGUUCUGGCCAGUCACAACUACUGGCAUUGGGCUCUUUACUUCAUUGAGAAGGGGCAAUAUGAAGCUGCUCUGCAAAUAUAUGACACUCAGGUAUUCAAACGUUUGAAAGCCUCUGGAUCCAUGCUGGACACCGUGGAUGCCUGUUCAAUGCUCUGCAGAUUAGAACUGGAAGGUGUGUGUGUAAAGGACCGCUGGCGUGAACUGCUCCAGAUUACCCAGCCUCACACUGAUGAUCACGUGACUUUGUUUAACGACCUCCACUUUCUUAUGGCUUCUCUGGGAGCUAAAGAGACCAAAACUACUCAGCAUCUGCUUCAGGGCCUCCAGGAAUUAGCUAAAGAACCUGGUGACAAUCAGCAGCAUCAGCUGGCUGAGAGUGUCGGCAUAGCGAUGUGUAAGGCUAUGAUGGAGUAUGGCCAGGGCAACUACCAGCAAGCGGUGGAGCUACUGUACCCCUUACGCUACCGCAUGGUAGACAUAGGUGGUAGUGAUGCACAGAGAGAUCUGUUCAGUCAACUGCUUAUUCAUGCAGCCAUGAAAUCAGAGAGUAAGCAUCACCAGAAGCUGGGAAGAUGUCUUCUGGUGGAGCGCGAUGCCAUGAGACCCAACUCGCCUCUGACCCAGCGCCUGAUGCACAAAGCUCUGGCUCUUCAUGACUAGAGUGAUUGCAAGGUGUGCGAGCAGUUUCUGUAUGAAAACAUCAAAGCAUCAUUGUGAUCUGAUGUUCUGCUGUUGUGCUUUAGGAGACUUCCAGCGAACUUGAUUCUGUUGAACUAUACAGCUCUUUUCUUGGCUUUGUGGCCUUUUGAAUAUGAAAUCCUAAAAUGUGCAAUUGUUUCUUAAUAAAUAAUCUAGUAAAAAAUAUGAAAAUAUAUAAAUGAAGUUUUAUAUUGUAAGAUUCCUCUUUUUAAUUGUUGUUUAUGCUUCAAUAAUGUCAUGUUAUCACUGCCUUGUCAAUAUUUUGUAAAUCACCGAUGUGUAUGAAGCUUACAUUAACUGUAAAAAUGUUGGGAAAUAAAUAAAAGAAGCGCCAUUAACUGGUGUAACAGGCUGCAAAGUAGCUUUAGAAAGUGGUUGUGUUGUUCUGUAUGGCUGGAAUAAGAAAUAGUUCAGUGUAGUCGCUGAUGGGAAGUGAAACUAGCUGCUUGAACCAUGUUGUUUUUCCAAGUAAGCACAAAAUGGUGAGGAAGUACUAACUACAUUUACUAACUAGAAGUACAUACAGUCGAUCAGUGAGUUGAAUUACGUGUUUUUGUUUCUCAAGUCUUUUAUGACUUGAGGAGUGCAGAACUUUGUGACUGUGUAAACAGUGUUUUAAUGUCAAUGUAUUUUCUAUGUGCAACAAUGUGUUUGAAAGCAUGUUAAAUAAAGA